AUGGUUAGUCGACCGAGUAUUAUAGAUGGUGGGAUCGAUAGCACUUUUGCCAGUGAUACUUUUGAAAGUUCACAAAGUGGGAGUGAAGAAUGGGAAAACAGUGAAUUGUGGGGAAAUAAUGGUAAUAAUAAUUUAGCAAACUUCAACAAAAAUCAGAUUGAAAGAGAUUCACAAUUAACCAAAGCUCCUUCGAAUGAAAUAUCUUCAGUAAAAUUUACUAAAAGGCAUAAACUGAUCAUCAAGAUAUAUUCUGCCACGUCUACAAUUGGAUCUUCUUCUGUUACCAUUGACAACGAUCAAAUACUACUACAGACAACAAUAAAAACAAUAAUACUAAAUCUUCAUCCUCUACUGGAAAUAAUAAUCAACCAAACUAAAGGUUUCUUUGAGGCCGUAACCAAACAAAUCACAAAUCCCAAAGAAAAACCUACCAAUGCUAAUAUUAAUGAAUCAAUCAAUGACACUAGCAACAUUUAUGAUAACAACGGAACUUAUAACACUAAUGCAAUCUUUAAUUUGGAAUUUUAUUUAUCAUUUCGAAACAUGGAAAAUAUGUCUAAUGGUAAUAACGAAAAUAUCGUAGAGAAUGUGAUGGAGAGUACAAUUGUUGAAACUGAGGAGCAUCCAUUCACAUUGAAGAUAAAAAUACCAAAUCUUGUUGACAAGUCUCAAGUUUUUGCAACUGCAAGUGAACUUGUGCAGGAAGUUAGACAAUGGUUAAUUGAUUCACCAGAAACUUCUAAUUAUACAUGCUUUUCUCUAUAUUGGGACGGUAAAAAACUUGACGAUUACAAAGAGCUUCAAGAUGAAGGGAUUACUCAAGAUGCUGAUCUGGAAUUAGUGGAAGAGCCUUAUACAGAACGAGAAGCUCGCAUUCACAUUAUGCAUGUUAGAGAAUUACUUUCGGGACCAUUCAAACAAUCUUCUUCUUAUGUUGGAAUUGAUCCUGGCUUAUCAUUUUUCACUGCUGUCACUGGAUCCAAUGAUAAUCAACAAAUUAUUCAGCAGCCUCAACAAAACGGGAAAGCUAAAGAAGACGAAUCAAAUGUUCUUAAACCAUUAGAAACUCCAUUUUCUGAUUACGAUUUUUCUGCUCCUUCUUUAUCAAAAUAUGUACCUGAAAAAUUUUCAAGAUGUAGUAUUAAAUGUUUAGAAUCUAUUCAUCUUUCUGGUUGGAAUCCUGUGCCAUUUGAACGUCGUAAAAAAGGUGAUCUUUUGUUUCUUUCUGUUACAAUAAUCGAGGGAGAUAAUUUACAUAUCACUGCAUCGAUAAAUGGUUUUUAUAUCAAUAAAUCUACAAUGAAAAGUUUUGAUCCAAAUCCUAAAUCUGAGCUUCAAGUAUAUCAUGCACAUUCACUUGUCAACCUACUACAAGAGGUUUCACCUACGUUUCGUAAAAAUUUCAAAGAAUUACAAGAGUUUAACGUUAUGCAUCACCCUUUCGAAACUAUUCCUAUUAAUUCUUGCUUUCCUGCUUAUCCAUGGGCUGUUAAACAACCAAAGCAUACGUUUGAUAUGGGUCACAUUUCUGAAGUAUACUUGAAUGUUGGUAAUGAUGUGGUUGAUUCGCUUAGAGAUUGGAAUGAUGAAUUUCAAUCACAGCGCGAAUAUCCACGCGUCGAAUUAAGAGAUCGUGUACUGCGCGAAAGGCUUGUUAAUAAGAUUCAAUCAGAUUUCACAGAAAGUGCUGUCAGGGGUGCAAUUGCCGUGGUAAAUGGAAACGUCAUUCCAUUCAAUCCACGUGAUCCUUCAGAAGAGCACAUGUAUGUUUAUAACAAUAUUUUCUUUAGUAAAGCAUACGAUACACGUGGAACUUUUGCAAAGCUUGGUGGUGAUGAUGCAGCCCAUGUUGCAACAGGGAAAGAUUUAGAAGGAAUAAAAACAAUUAAUAUAGCUGAUAUAGAAGGAUUAUAUACUUUGGGAUGUGUUGUGGUUGAUUAUAAAGGCAUCAGAGUUGUGGCCCAAACCAUAGUUCCAGGAAUUUUUAGACGUCAAGAUGAUUCUUCCGUUGUUUAUGGAUAUUUUGAUAAUGGAAGAGAUAAACCUAAACUUUGUGCUGAUCCUGAGUUCCAUGAGAUUGUUGGUAAAGCAGCAAAAGUUUUACAUCUUGCUGAACACAGUGUUUCCGAUUCAAAAGGAAAUUCCGUAAAACUUCAUACUUCUUUAGAAACUAAGGGAUUAAUGGGUGAUGAUGGUAGACGAUAUUUAUUUGAUUUGUAUCGUCUUAAUCCUGUUGAUAUUGAAUUUUUAGAGAAAGAAUGUGAACCUAAAGAAGAAAGUGACCUUCCACUUUAUUCUCACAAAUUAACUUUAUUAAGACCAGAAUUGAUUGAAUCUUUUUGGGAUUAUAAAUUUAGAUUGUGGCUUCAGGAAAAGGCUAAUCGAAAACAGAAUGAGGAAACCAAAGAUUCUAAACCUGAAGAUUCUAAACCUGAAGAUUCUAAACCUGAAGAUUCUAAACCUGAAAAUUCUAAACCUGAAAAUUCUAAACCUGAAGAUUCUAAACCUGAAGAUUCUAAGCCUGAAGAUUCUAAACCUGAAGAUUCUAAACCUCAAGAAGUAACUCCCGAUGAAGAAUUUAAUUUUACAUUAAAUCCAGAUUCUUUUACUGAUUAUAAAAUACCAGAUGGUGAUAAUUAUAAGACAAAGAAAGAAACUGACGAAGAAAAUGUCAGGAAUGCUUCAAAAUAUCUUAGAGAUAGUGUUAUUCAAUUGAUGAUUAUUGAAUUCACUUCAUUAGCUGUUUCACCAGCAGAUGGAGCAUCAUUAACAGCAGCCAUGCAUCGUCGUGGUAUUAAUAUGCGAUAUUUAGGCACGAUUGCAAAAAUUCUUUAUGAAUCUACAGAUCGAAAGUUAGAUCAUAUAAGGCAUUUGGUUAUUCAUGAGAUGAUUAUCAGAGCAUCAAAACGUAUACUUCGUGAACUUCUUCGAGAACUACCAAUCACAUACACAUCAUAUUGUGUUGCGCAUUUUUUUAAUUGUCUGCUAGGGACCGACUAUAAUGCUAAUCCACAACCAUUAGUUCCUGAUGUAUUAUUUAGUUGUGGUGGUAGUGGUGAGAAUGAUGAUGACGCAAACAACAGUAAAAAAAAAAAGAAUAAAAAUAUCAAGAAUAAAGCCGAUAAUACUCAAUCAUAUGCAUACUUAAAUCUCACACCCUCUUCACUCGUUCAACAAAUUCAUAGUACGGUGUUAGUACGUUUUCGAUAUAAACUUCCUGAAGAUUUUGUUUCUACACACAUUCGCAAACUUCCAUUACUGAGAGAAAUAUGUUUACGAGUAGGAGUUCAAAUAGCAGCUCAAGGUUAUCAUUUUGUAAAAAAGAAAUCAAAAAAAAGAGCAACCACAUUCUUACCAGAUGAUAUCUUCAAUAUAAUACCUGUUGUCAAACAAGCAACUCCUAAAAAUGUUAAUUAUCAUAAAAAUUAUAUGUUAGGUCAUCGAGAUUUAGGCGUGGAUCUAAUGUUACAAUCACUUGCAUUACAUGAACAAAGUUAUGGUUUUCUUCAUCCAGCAACGGCAAAGUGUUACGUUGCAUUAGCGAUGUAUUUUUAUCAUCAUGAAGAUUUAGAAAUUGCGAUAGAUUUUCAAAAGAAGGCCGUUGUUGUAUUGGAGCGAACUUGUGGUACUGACAGUGUAGAAGCAGUGCAUGCUUAUUUACAUUUAGGUCUUUUUGAAAAUGCUAUUGGUCAUACCGAAAUCGGUCUUCGUUACAUGAAGCAUGCAAUGUUUUAUUGGGAAAUUAUAUAUGGACCUUCACACCCGGAUGGCGCAACCGCUGAUCAUAACGUCGGAAUUAUGUUACAAAAUUUAAAAGAUUUUGGUGGUAGUAUAAGGUUUUUCGAAAGAGCCAAAGAAACAAAUGAAACUAUCUUUGGAAAAAAUAAUGUUUUAACUGGUGAAUCAUACCAUCUCCUAGCGAAAGCUUUAGCACUUUCUGAAGAUUAUAAAGCAGCUUUGACUGCAGAAAAAUCAGCAUAUAAUAUUUUUCACACUGUGUUUGGACCUGAUCAUCCUCGAACUAAGGAAACUGAACAACUGCUUAAAGAUUUAACGUCAAAUGCUGUUCAUAAUGCUAAAAUGGCAUUAUUACAGAAACAAGAUAAGCGAAAAGCCACUUCUGCAAUGCAAAUAAGAACGGCAGGAAGUCAUCAUUCAAACAUCUCAACCAGUACUUUAAAAAAGAAAAAGUUUGCAAAAAGUAAUAAAUAA